AUGUCUUACUUGAGCUUAAACCUCAGCAACAUGAGUCUGAAUCUCCAGAUGUUAAAGGAUCAGCCGCGCAAUCAGAAUUUGGCACAUGUGGAGAUCGCGCUUCUCAGUGUGAUUUUUCUUAGUGCUACGGUUCUGAACUUUGGACUCCUGCUGGUGCUGUUAAGGAGGCGCAGACCCCUGUCUCGGAUGCGGGUGUUUGUUCUGCACCUGUGCCUGGCCGAUCUGGCUGUUGCGUUCUUCCAGGUGUGUCCUCAGCUCCUGUGGGACAUCACCGACCGCUUCGUGGGUCCUGACUUGGUGUGCCGCAUGGUGAAGUACCUUCAGGUGGUCGGCAUGUUCGCGUCACUGAUCGUGGUGAUGACCGUGUAUCGCUACCAGGCUGUGUGCAACCCCAUGUUUAUGGUCCAGAGGAGGCGUGCGCACUGGAAUGUGCCGGUGUGCGUCGCGUGGAUUGUGUCCCUGGUGGGCAGCCUGCCGCAGAUCUUCAUAUUCUCCCGCGUCGAGGUAGCGCAGGGGGUCUUCGACUGCUGGGCUGAAUUCGUGGAGCCCUGGGGACUGCAGACCUACGUGACCUGGACCACUCUGGUCAUAUUCGUGUUGCCCAUCCUGACCGUGAUCGCAUGCCAGGUGCGCAUCUGCCGCGCUGUGCAGAUCAACCUGCAUAUGAAGACGCACCGACAGGGCUGUGGUAAUACAGUUCAGCUUCAUUCCAGGGUCAGCAGUGUGGUCGAGUUCUCCAAGGCACGCAUAAAGACGGUGAAGAUGACCGUGGUGAUCGUCCUGGCUUAUGUGGUUUGCUGGGCUCCAUUCUUCAUCGUGCAGCUGUGGUCAGUCUGGGACACCAACGCACCAACUGAAUCUGCGACAUUUACCAUCCUCAUGCUCCUUGCCAGUCUGAACAGCUGUGCCAACCCCUGCAUCUACCUGUUUUUCAGUGGCAAAGUGUCCAAGAAACUCUUCUCACUGAUGUGUCCGAGACAAGUGGAAAGGAAGGAGUCGGUGCCUGAAGAUGCCACUGUGAUCAGUUCAAUCUACCUGAGUUCAAAAAGCCUCUCAUAG